AUGAGACCAUUAAAAACAACGUCUUUUAGUGACGAAAACAGAAUUACAAGUCAUCAAAUAAAACCUAAAUCCAAUACAUCUUCCGUCCUGAAUAAUGCUUCAGCUAGUUACUUGUCAACAGUGAAUCAUCACAGAGAAGCAUUGAGUGAUCUUACGUCCCAAGAGAAUCAAAGUUAUACUAGCAAUUACAAACCAAGACAUGGACAUUCUCAUUCUCAUUCACAAGGAAAAAUACAGAUAUACAAACAGCAUCAUGAAACUCAUAUAGAGCAGCCAUUGGCCAACCUCCAUCAAUUUAAGAAACCACGAUUGGAGACCUCAUUGUUGAAAGAGGAUAUAAACAAAGACCCAGUAAAUCAUUUUCAAUACAACAUAGAUGAACAAGAAGAAAAUAAAGAAAAUAUUCCUGAUGUUGAAAUACUAGAACAGCAUUUUGAAAAAUUAGAUGAUGAAUAUGAUGAACAAGAACAAAUAUCGUUGGAAAUAAACCCACGAGCUGAACAAGGUGAUAUCACAUCUGAGAUUGUUCAGGAUGUUGAUUUAACUACUAUACAUCACGAGAAACAAAUCGAAUCACAACAUCAUCACACCUUAACAGACUAUCAUGAACAGGAAAAUCAUCAUAUUGCACAUCCAAGGACAUCACCGGUUAAUGUCCCUAUGUCACCAGUCUGGACUCCAGCAUGUAUGCACGAAAUUAAAUAUGUGAUUAGAAAGUAUUCUCGAACAAUAUUGGACGAAAAGGACGAAGACACAUAUGAUCCAACGAUGGUAGCAGAAUAUGCACCAGAAAUAUUUAACUAUUUGCAUGAAUUGGAAGAAAAAUUACGUCCCGACCCGAAUUAUAUGGAUAACCAAGAUGAAUUGAGAUGGGAUAUGAGAUCUGUUUUAAUAGAUUGGGUAGUACAAGUUCAUGCUCGAUUCAAUUUAUUACCGGAAACAUUAUUCUUGACUGUAAAUUAUAUUGAUCGAUUUUUAUCCAAACGAAAAGUAUCCUUAUCACGUUUCCAACUAGUUGGAGCCGUUGCAUUAUUUAUUGCAGCAAAAUAUGAAGAAAUCAAUUGUCCAACUGUACAAGAAGUGGCGUAUAUGGCUGAUAAUGCAUAUUCGGUAGAUGAAUUCCUCAAAGCUGAACGAUUUAUGAUUGACGUUCUAGAAUUCGAUAUGGGUUUCCCAGGACCCAUGUCUUUCUUACGUAGGAUAUCAAAAGCUGACAAUUACGACUAUGAAACUAGAACAUUAGCAAAGUAUUUGUUAGAAAUCACAGUUAUAGAUGCCAGGUUUGUUGCUUCUCAUCCUAGUUGGUUAGCUGCUGGUGCACACUAUUUAUCACGAAAACUAUUAAAGAACGGUCAUUGGACAGAGUUGCAUGUUUUUUAUAGUGGAUAUACUGAGAAGCAAUUGAAGCCUUUAGCUCAAACUUUAUUGGAAUGUUGUCAAGAUGCACAAAUACAUCAUAAAUCUAUUUUUGAAAAAUAUCUGGACAGAAAAUUCAGAAGAAGUGCAACAUUUGUCCAAGAGUAUCUCAAUUCCAUGUAA